GUGGGGGAAGGGUGCGGAGAGAAGCGAGCGACUCUGCUUCCCUCGCAGUUCGGUGGGGAGAGAAAGGAAGGCCGGAGAGUGGGCAGACAUCGACCAGAAUGGCGGGCAUGCUUCCCAGGCGAAUCACCAAGGAAACUCAGCGUUUACAUGCAGAGCCAGUGCCUGGUAUAAAGGCAGAAGCAGAUGAAUUCAAUGCACGUUACUUUCAUGUUGUUAUAGCUGGUCCGCAGGACUCCCCGUUUGAGGGUGGAACUUUUAAACUUGAACUAUUUCUUCCAGAAGAAUAUCCAAUGGCAGCGCCAAAAGUUCGUUUCAUGACUAAAAUAUAUCACCCAAAUGUAGACAAACUGGGCAGAAUUUGUUUAGAUAUUCUGAAAGAUAAAUGGUCUCCAGCUUUGCAGAUUCGUACAGUACUGCUUUCGAUCCAGGCAUUGUUAAGUGCACCAAAUCCAGAUGAUCCAUUAGCAAAUGAUGUAGCUGAACAGUGGAAAAGCAAUGAAGCCCAAGCCAUAGAGACAGCCAGAACAUGGACUAGGCUAUAUGCCAGUGGGAACAGCAAUUCAAGAUGAAACUGAAUGCCACUCAGUUCUUCUAACUCUGCCAAGAUCUUUCAUUGCAUUCAAAGAACAGUCUUAGACAACUGCAGAAUAAACCCAGACAAAUAAACGCCUCGGUGUUUAAAUGCGUAUUAGAGACUAUUUGUCAUGUUCAGAUUCACCAUUAUGGCAUGAGCAGAGUCUAUAGCACUUUGCUUUUUCUAUUUCUCCCCAGUUAAUUUGAAAACAGUGGUGCACCUUGACAACAAGUUUUUUUUUUCUUCGCACUGUGAAUGAAAAUAGGCUUAGUUAGCUGCUCUAUUAUAAGUUUUUAUCUUUUGUGAUGCUGAAAGCAUUUUAAAAAGCAGCUAACUUCUACACAGUAGAUCACGCCCUUUGCCAAUACUUUUUUUUAGGUGCAGUAGAUUAAGCAUCGUAGCUGAUUUAGUUCAUCCAGUCAAUAGAAAGAAAAAUGCAUCAUUGUGACCCAAAUGUAGAUCCUGAAAAGGCUUGUGACUUUGUAUAGCUUGUCUGGGUAGGGAAUAGGGGAGGGAUGUGGGUGGUGUGGGUGUGGGGAAGAAAAGAUUUCUGUAAAACUUUGUUUCAGUAAACUUUUUUUUGUUCCAUUUGACUGCUGUUCUGUGUUAAUCUUUCUGCUGAGAAAAUACAAUUUUAAGAAAUUAAAAUUUUAGCAUUUCUCUUCAUUAAUGGAAAUAACUUCCUUGAAAUAUAAAUGUUGUGUUUUCAUUACAAAUCAGAGUAUCACGUUCAGGUCAUGCAUGCAAACACAGUGAAUAGACCACUUAUGGUGUGCUCCAAGACAGCUAUUUUAUAACUUCGCAGCUGUGCCAGUAAUGUGCUUCAAGCUGAUUGGCCUUUAUUAAUGGGAGAUCCAUUGACUUCUUCCUAUGAAUUUGACCAUUUCUUCAUUUGGACCUGUGAUCAGUCAGAGCAUGUAAAUGUUGUCUAUUUUGUCUUCAUGCAUAUUUUAAAAAAAAACACGAUGUAAGAAAUAAAAAUUGGGUUUCAGAAA